GUAGGUACAUUCGGAGCGAUGUGAUUGGUUGGGCGCAGCUUUGUUUUGACAGCUCUCUUCCUGAAAAUGCUCACGUUGUUGUAGUGUGGGACUGAUGCAUCGAGGACCUCAGUAACGUUGGAUCCUACGUCAAGAUGACCCAAGUUACCGAAGUUGCUGUUCUGAGCACGGUGGAUGAACCUAACGCCCAUGAUCCUGCCCUAGCUGAGGAUGAGGAGGAUGGAGGAGAAAGAGUAGAGCCGAUCACGGAAGCAGGGGAAGGCCUGACUCCUUCCCAGAGAGAAGUGUUGGAGAGAUGUCUCCACGCUCUUACGCAUGCUAAGAACGACAGCCACACGCUGGCGGCGCUGCUCCUGAUCACGCGCAUAUGCCCCGCCAGUCAGCUCGACAAACCCACCCUGAGACGCAUCUUCGAGGCGGUUGGUCUGAACCUACCGCACCGGCUUCUCGUCACGGCGGUCCGGGGGAGCGACUCCGCCACGGCCAGCCUUCCCCCCGAGGAGCUCCUCUCCCUGGGCACGGCCCUGCUCGCCGCGCUGAGCACGGACCCCGACAUGGCCUCGCACCCCCACCUGCUGUCCACCGUCCCGCUCCUGCUGGGGCUGCUGGCAGACGGACCCUCACAGACCCAGGGGACCCCCGGGCAGAACCCCACAGCAGAACCACACUCUGGUCCUGAUGGUGGUGGCGGCGGUAGUGAUGAUGUUGGCGGCGGUGGGGAAAAUGCCCAAGAGGCCCCAGACUCCACUCCCAGACUGGACCAGGCCAUGGCUGCGGACUGCUACCAGAUCCUGGAGGCGGUCUGCUCAUUGGAGACGGGCCCCGAGCAGCUGUUGAGCCGGGGGGCUGUACCCACCCUGUGCAGAGCCAUCGAGCACAACCAGGUGUUGAGCCAGGAGAAGGGGCUUCCCCUGCUGGGCUGCCUGCUGUCCGGCCGGUCCCGGGAGAAGGCGUGGCGGAAACACCCGGAGCUGCUCCUCUCCCUGCUGGCCCGCGUCUCGGCCCACUUCCGCCAGGCCCAGGGCCAGGCCCGGCUGGACCAGUGCUCCCGGCUGAUGCAGUUCCUGCCUCCGCCAGGGGUGGCGACGGAGAGCGCGGCGCUGAAGGCGGUGGUGUCGGCGCUGUGGGAGGAGCUGAGGCCCAUGACGCAGGCCAGGCUCACGCCCGCGCAGAUCGGCCCCCUCCUGGUGCUCAGCGCCUGUCUGCUGGACCUGGGCGGCUGGGAGCCGGCGGGGCCGCCCAAGUUCUGCUGCCUUCUGGUGAACCGGGCCUGUGUGGAGGUGAGGAUGGGUCUGGAGGAGCCGCCCGGGACGGAGAUCAGCGCCGAGCUGCAGCACACGCUCACAGGCUGCUACCGCAUCAUGGAGGCCGCCAUGGAGCAGGCCUGCAGCCAGGCACUCGCCCAGAGUGAGGCCCCAGCCCAGCCUGCCAUCACUGGGAUCAGCCUGCAGCAGAGCCGGCAGGUCCUGCUGGUGCUCCAGGAGGCCUUCGCUGCUCUGAUAUACCACUUGUCACAGGUGGACCCCAGUCGCUAUGGCGACCCGUUUGUGUUCGCCACGUUCCGCUCGCUGUGCGCCUGGCUGGCCGAGGAGACGGCCUGUCUGAAGGAGGAGGUGACCGCCCUCCUGCCGUUCCUGAUUGGCUACGCCAGGGCCCAUCUGAUGGGGGAGGGCCCCGACCAGAGCCUCUCCCAUUGGAUGUCUGAGAUGUCCGUCGGUGAGGAGGGCGGGGCCUGGUCGGGCAGUCAAGCGCUGAGGUACCUCCUGCCGGCCCUGUGCCACCUCUCGGCGGAGGACGGGCCCCGGAAGGUUCUCCUCUCCCUGGAGGCCCCGGCCCUGCUGGUGGAGUUCGUGUCGCGGGGGUGGGCCCGUCUGAAGGGGAGGGCGGGGGUCGCGACCCCCCGGGACCCCGGCCUGGAGACGGCCUGCUCCGCCCUGCUCAACUUCACCGUCACGGAGCCCGACAGCGUCAGGAAUGACCCGUGCUUUAGGACCCUGGAGACUCUCCUCAGCGAAGCACUUCCUGUUCUGGUCCACAAGCCCGCCCUCCUCGUCCUCGCUGCCAACCUCUGCACUCUGGGCCUCAUGAUUGGCCGGCUAAUGCCAGCGACGUCAGGUCCGGCCGAGUCGGGCCCGCGGCGGUUCUUCUCGGCGGCGCUGCGCUUCCUCAGCGGGGCCCUGGAGGGGCCCGGCCCCCGGCCCGGCCCCGUGGCGGUGAGCUCCGCCUGGGAGGCGUGGUGGGGCGAGGCCCAGGAGCUGUGGAGGCUGGGGCUGCAGGCCCUGGGCGGCUGCGUGCGGGCCCAGCCCUGGCUCUCGGCCCUGGUGCGGGAGGAGGGCUGGCUGGCCGGCACCCUGGCCCUCCUGGAGACGGGGGCCCGGCUGCCCGACCAGCGGACCCAGGAGGCCCUGGAGGAGGCCCUGUGCGCGCUGGCCGAGGGCUGCCCCGCCUGCCGGCAGGAGAUCGGGGGCCGCAUGAGGGCGGGGCGGGCCGAGGGGGCCCUGGGGGGCAUGGGGGCCCUCAGGAAGACGGUGGGGGUCAAGUGAGACGCUGGGGGGGGG